UUAGAUGCGGCAUUAGAUCGCGAGCAGCACGAUCUUUUGGAUGGUGGGAGUUGAACGUUGGGCGGUGGACAGCCUUUGCCCACCCGGGUUGGCAACAAAAGGACCAACAUCCGGCAAAGCGGCUGUCAGUUUCGGUACGGUCGCGGAGCACGUCUAACACGCGCGUUUUUUUGUUUAUCGUCGAUCUGAUAAGUGUCCAAGCAGAUUUUUGCAAAGAUGAACCGUGCCAUCGCUGUGCUGUGUCUGGUCGUUGUCGCUGCCUCGCUGAGCGAGGGAACGUUCGAUGUGCUGCUGCAGAAGAAGAAGGCGUUCCUCGGCAAGCUGCUGCACAAGGACGAAGGAGCGGGCUACGGAGGCCAUUCCGGCUACGGGGGCCAUUCGGGACCAGUAGGAUACCAAGCCACUGUUGCCGUCGCUCCAGUCCACUACGCUCCUGCUCCAGUAGCGUACGCCGCUCCUGCUCCGGCCCCAGUGCACUACGCCGCACCGGCUCCUGCCCCAGUUCAUUACGCCGCUCCUGCUCCGGCUCCAGUUCAGUACUCUGCUCCAGCACCUGCCCCAGUGCACUACGCUCCUGCCCCUGCUCCGGCUCCAGUGCAGUACGCUGCCCCUGCCCCGGCUCCAGUGCAGUACGCUGCCCCUGCCCCGGCUCCAGUGCAGUACGCUGCCCCUGCCCCGGCUCCAGUGCAGUACUCUGCCCCUGCCCCGGCUCCAGUGCAGUACGCUGCCCCAGCGCCAGCCCCAGUCCCAGCACCAGUCUAUGGACCGCCAGCAGCACCAGCACCGUAGCCAGGAUGUGACCACGCACGCGGUGUCUCCCUACAUCACUAAAUUAAGGCACAACGCUAUGCAGCACUGGCUAGGCUAGGUGUACGGACGGAAGGAACUAUUUAUCGAGCACCUACAGAAGAGGUACACAGACCGUACACGCACAACAACACCGUAAAACCCCUUCUAUUCGAAUAAAACCCUUAUUAUUUUUUAAAA